GCUGCUGCUAGAACAAAUGAUACUGCGACAGUGACAAACAUGAAAGAAAGUCUGACUGAAGAAGAAGAGCUUGCAGACGGAUCUGAAGAAGAUAAAAGCAGUAUUUCGUCCAUAACGCACACGCCUUCUGCAACAUCACUGUCCAGAUUAUCUCCAUUCAGAAUGAUUUCCCCGAAAGGUGUCACGCUGCCCAUGCUCAUCCAGGACGGAAUCAUUGACCCUGGAGAAAAGAUGCUCACCAUGGAGUACAUGGGUCAGAAGUUUGUGGGAGACCUCUUGCCCAGUGGUAAAAUCCAAUGGCCUGAAUCAUCCGAGAUUUUCAACUCCCCCAGCGCCUGGGCCAUCCAUUGUAAACAGCUGGUCAACCCAGCCAAGAAGACCGGCUGUGGCUGGUCGUCGAUAAAGUACAAAGGAAAGAAACUGGAUGCUUACAAGUCAGCUUGGUUCGUCAAACACAGAGCAAACUUCAGUCACCCUUCAUUUUUCACUUCAUCGCCCAUACAUAGCUCUGCCGAUGAUAUGAGCCGAGACAGCAGUUUACCUGCACCAGAAGAUCUACGUCCUAAGAAGGAGCCAGUCAUAGAGAACACACACCCGGCUCACACUAGCACACCUGUCACUAACGGGAUUAACAAGAAAAGGAAACUUGAUGCUGCCUGGAAAGCUGAAGAUGCUGGUCAGGAAGAAGCCUUAGAUCUUUGCAUUCGUCCUUCACGCUCUGAUGAACCAGCUGAGAAAAUUAGCGAGAAAAGUGAGACUGAGAAGAAUGGUGACAGUCAGCCACAAAGGAAAGAAAAGGAAUUGUUAAAGGUGCCUUCACGACUGGGAAGCAGCAUUCCGAAAACGGACGUGAUGGAUUCACCAAAGACUUCUUCCAGUCGAAAACUUGUCAAGUAUUCCUCGCUGGGAAAACGGACAGCUGAACAAGAUCAAAACGUUUUAGUGGAAUGUAUAUCAUUCAACUCUAUAGGCAAAGUACAGCCAUUCCGGGCAGCCAUAUCCAGCAAUUGCAUUUUAUUGAUUGAUUUCCAUUGUCACCUGAACACUAACGAAGUCGUGGGGUACCUGGCUGGAAGAUGGGACCCUGCCUCUCAUAUUUUACACAUUCAGCAGGCGUUUCCAUGUCGCUGUCAUUUAGGAGACAAGGACAAUGCUCCAGCUAUAGAGGAAGAGUUUUAUAUUAUUCUGAUUCACUGUCAAUUUUGUAGAAUAACUUUGUCAUCUGGUAUAUUUCAGAAACGGUUGGUAGAUUUCUACUCUACUAGAAAAGAGUUCAUCAACUUUACGGAUCAGUGGGAGCCAUCGUGGACUUACCUGGAUAAAUUAAAGUGCUCUUUAUCCAACAAGUUUCCCAAAGACCAGACGGAUGGGAAGAUUUUGGAAUUCCUGGAUAACAUCCUAGUGGGCAGUCAUAAAUAAUGGUUACGCCCAAUGUUCAUUGUAACGUGCAAAUCAGUUUACCAAAAUAUUCAGAAACAUGCUGUUGUUGUAAAGUUCUGAUGCAAAGACAAUAUUUCAUAGAACUUGCCCUUGAAGCAUAAUACCACAUCAUCAGAAGAGUGAUUUAAGCUUUUCUCAAGCCUCUUCAUCUUUAGAUGGUACACCCUGUAAUUUUCUUAAUUGUAGGACAGAUAUCAGCGGAAAUGAGAGCAAAAAUUUACAUUUCUCUCUCUCUUACUUUUUUGGAAAAGUAAAGAUAUGUAUAUGUUGUUCAUUAGAUGGACUGUAAAGAAUGUGAGAAAAGAGAAACAGUGUAUUCCUGUUACAAUCACAUGCAUAUCGAUGAAAAAGAGCAGACCAGGUAUCUCAAUAAUUAGAAGAAUUUCAGUAUAUUAUAAUGCGGUGUAGACGCUCUACAGCU